AUGAAAGAACAAUCUGCCAAGGCCAACAGUCAUCAUGUAACUGCUUUCGAUCGAUUCAAACACACCUUCAGUGUUCGAGAAACAAUUGACCAUAAUGAAGGAUUGCCGAGACAACAAUAUUGGAUUCUACCAGAUGAUCAUUGGUGUGACUGUGGUAAGUUUCAAGCAUUUCGUAUGCCUUACUCGCAUGUCAUAGCAGUAUGUGCAUAUGCGCACCGAGAUGCAUUGUCAUUACUUUCUCCAAUUUACAAGGCUGAGACAUUGCUCCAAGUAGACAGUGUGGCAUUUCUAGUGGUGGCAAAGGAGGAUUACUGGCCUGAGUAUGAUGGGGACGUAGUAUGGCAUAAUGACACGAUGCGACGAAAUAAAAAGGGUCGCCUCAACAGUACUCGCAUUUGA